AAAUGUUCUGCUUUGCAUGCUGGGAUGACAGUCUCACCCUAGCAACACAAAGCAAUAACAUAAACGAUGAGAACUCUACAUUUAGCUAACAAAUCUAUUCGUUCUGUUGAAAUUACUGUGAAAGAACAUUUUAUAUGAGUGUUCCGUUAUUUCCGAAAUGGAAAAAUUGCAAGCGGAAGAUGCACGGUAUUUGAAAAGGAAAGUGAAAGGGGGGAGUUUGGAUGUCCACCCGACAGAGAAAGCCCUCAUCGUUCAGUAUGAGUUGGAGGCAACUAUCCUCGGUGAGAUGGGAGACCCGAUGGUUGGGGAACGCAAGGAGUGUCAGAAAAUCAUCCGCCUAAAAAGCUUGAACGCCAACACGGACAUUGCCACCCUAGCUCGGAAGGUGGUGGAAGAAUGCAGGCUCAUUCAUCCAUCUAAACUACCCGAGGUGGAGCAAUUGCUCUUCUACCUGCUGAACCGCAAGAAGUCAGACAAACGAGAGAAACACCCGCCGAGAGACCUCGCACCAUUUGAGGGGAUGGAGCUGGAUGAGGAGGCCAACAUCAACAGGAUAGAUCACUAUGUGGAGCUGCUGUAUGAGGACAUCCCAGAGAAGGUCAGGGGUGCCACCCUCAUCCUCCACCUCGCCCGCAACCCAGACAACCUGGAAGAGCUCCUGCAGAAUGAGACGGCCCUGGGAGCCCUGGCCAGAGUUCUGAGGGAGGACUGGAAACAGAGCGUUGACCUGGCAACCACCAUCAUCUACGUCUUCUUUUGCUUCUCCAGUUUCUCCCAGUUCCAUGGGCAGGUGACUCACUAUAAGAUCGGAGCCCUCUGUAUGAACAUAAUUGAACACGAGCUGAAGAGGUACGACCUCUGGCAGGACGAACUGCAGAAGAAAGCGGCAGCCUGUGACAAUGACCAUAAGAACCAGAAUGUGAAGAAGGAGCAUGAGAAAGCCUUCAAGAAGUACCAAGGUCUACUGAUCAAGCAGGAGCAGCUUCUACAAGUGGCUCUGCACCUGUUGUUGAACCUUGCUGAGGACACGCGCACGGAGCUGAAGAUGAGGAACAAGAACAUCGUCCACACCCUGGUGAAGACCCUGGACCGGGAAGACGAGGAGCUGCUGGUGCUGGUGGUCUCCUUCCUCAAGAAGCUCAGUAUCUUCCUGGAGAAUAAGAAUGAUAUGGCAGAGACAUAUGCUGUGGAGAAACUGGCCAGGCUGCUGCCCUGUAAGCAUGAAGACCUACUGAAUACUACGCUGCGCCUGCAUGCCAGUCCACCCUUAAUCUCCAUGAAGCAGAAAGUAAGUACAGCUCCUCAUUCAUUCAUCCAUCCAUUUAUCCCUCUCUGUGCUUCUCUUCUCUCUGUUUAUGUUUCAGCUGACGAGAGCCAGAGACAGCUGUGUAUGUGCAUUCUGUACCACAUCAGUGUGGACGACAGAUUCAAGUCCAUGUUUGCCUACACGGACUGCAUACCACAGUUGAUGAAGAUGCUGUUUGAUUGUGGUGAGAGCCCCAUGGACCCUGAGCUCAUCUCCUUCUGCAUCAACCUGGCUGCCAACAAGAGGAAUGCACAGGUCAUCUGUGAAGGUAAUGGUCUGAAGAUGCUGAUGAAGAGGGGUCUGAAGCUAAAGGAUGUUCUGACCAUGAAGAUGAUCAGGAACGUGUCUCAACACGACGGACCCACCAAGAACCUCUUCAUAGACUACGUAGGUGACUUGGCUGCUCAGACAGGAGUGCAGGAGAGGGAAGAGUAUGUGAUUGAGUGUCUGGGGACCUUGGCUAACCUCACCAUCCCUGACCUGGACUGGGAACUGGUGCUGAAGGAGUACAACCUGGUGCCCUUCCUCAAAGACCACCUCAAACCAGGCUCGGCAGAGGAUGACCUGAUCCUAGAGGUGGUAAUCAUGAUAGGGACGGUGUCCAUGGACGACUCCUGUGCUGCCAUGAUGGCCAAGUCUGGCAUCAUCUCUGCCCUCAUCGAGCUGCUCAACUCCCAACAGGAGGACGAUGAGUUUGUGUGUCAGAUCGUCUAUGUGUUCUACCAGAUGGUGUUCCACCAAGCCACCAGGGAUGUCAUCAUUAAGGACACACAGGCUCCCGCCUACCUCAUUGACCUGAUGCACGACAAGAACGCAGAGAUACGCAAAGUCUGUGACAACACACUGGACAUCAUCGCUGAGUAUGAUGAAGAGUGGGGGAGGAAGAUCCAGAGUGAGAAGUUCCGCUGGCACAACUCCCAGUGGUUAGAGAUGGUGGACAACAGAGCCAUGGGAGACGACGGGGAACCAUUCAUGUACGGAGACGACGGGGAACCUUUCAUGCACAACGGAGACAUUCUGGAGAGACCCGACCUCUUCUACAGUGCAGAUGGGAUCAUCCCAGCAGACAGUACCAUCAGCACAGAGUUCUUCAUAGGCUACCAGAAUGGAGACAUGGGCCAGGCUGGAGGCUUCCCAGGCAGUAUGAAUAUCGAUACAUUUAGACAGUCGACGGUGACCUCUGGACAGCGCCCCGCCACGGCUUCCGGCUUCCGGCCAGAAGAGCAGUUAUUCUACAGCUAGGCUGGAAUCGGCCUCCAGAUCAACCAGGUCAAAUUGGGUUCAAUACACCGCACAGACUGACAACAGCUAUCUCCCGUGUAGCUCGCUACGCUACGCUGUGUAGUGAUGAGCGUAUCAACACUACUACUGUGUGUUUAACAGCUAGUCGCUUCAAGUGCUCUAUUCCAAGCUAGCAGUGAUGAUGUUGCUGUUUUAUUGAAUGCUAACAUUACAUCUUGAGCUACCCAAACGCUUUUCUGGAAAACAAUCUUUUUCUAGUUAAGGUCAUAAAAAAAUUGCAAUUUGUUUUGAGCUUUAAUAUAUAUAUUUGCAUAUAUCUCAAUGUGUUCACUAUAAGUAUGUACCAUAAUACAAGAACACAUACUUAAGACUAAAGUUAACUUAUACAGGAUGAGCGCUGCUUUGUUUCCAUAGGAUGUUUUCCACACAUUACAUUUCCGAAGUAGAGGUGGUUGGUUGGUAUUGCACAGUGUGAGUCUUAUUCUAAUAGUCCAGUGACGGUCCUUUUUAUAGGUGAUCUCAUUCAUGAGACUGACAGUUUUACUUUGCCUUUGUACAAACAUUCAGUAAAUAUGUUUAUUUAACUGUUUUCUUUUAUAUAAAUUAACAAUUUGUUGUGUUGUCUCUUCAUUGUGCCUGGUGCUCGUCAGAACAAAUUUUUCUGUGGAGCAAUAUUUAAAAUAAAGUGUUGAAAACGGA